AUGACCAUUCUGGAUGUUGGGCUCAUGAUCCACUUCCGUCAACCGGACGUCAAUAUCGGGUAUAUUGUCAUGACACAGAUUUUCAUCGCGUUUGGAGGUGGUACACUGGUUAUCUGCGAGCAAAUGACUGUGAUGGCUGUGUCGAGACAUGGAAAUAUCCCUGCUGUUCUUGCGGUGGAAGCUAUGGUUUGUGCUAUGGGUUCGAGUGUCGGGUCGACUAUUGCUGCGGCUAUGUGGACGGGUAUCUUCCCCAAGAAGUUGAUGAAGAAUUUGCCGGAUAGUGCAAAGGGCGAUUUUGCCUCGAUUUAUGGCGAUUUGACGGUCCAGUCGAGUUAUCCGCCGGGCAGUCCGACGAGGAUUGCGAUCGACAAGUUGUAUGGCCAGACGCAGAAGUUGAUGUUGAUCACAGCCACUUGUCUCUACUCGAUCACCCUGUCGUCGACGUUCUUCUGGCAGGAUGUCGAUGUCAAGAAUAUCAAGCAGCGCACGAAGGUGCUUAUUUGA